UGAACAAGGUUAUGGUCUGGGUUAAGCCUGUCAACUUCAUGAGUGAUCUUGUACACUUGAAUCAUGUCACCUUUCUUUCUUCUGUACUAUAAUAUUACCCGGCUAAGCUAGGCGUUCAUAGUGCACACAGCUUUUUAAGGAAUUACUUCCUACCGGUACCCAUUUACCUCACCUGGGUAAGUGUACCAUUAUGACUCAACAAACCACCGGCUAAAUCAGAAUGUCUCGUUAUGGAGGUAGUGGUGGUGGUGGUGGUGGUGGUGGUAGGUCCUCUGCUGAAAGGGGCUGUAAAGUGUACAUCGGAAACCUUGGAGAAUCUGCCAACAAGUCUGAAAUUGAGAAACUAUUUGGUACCUUUGGACCCAUGAAGAAUGUCUGGAUUGCAAGGAAUCCUUCAGGCUUCGCGUUCGUUGAGUAUGAUGAUCCCAGAGAUGCAUCAGAUGCCGUAAAAGGUAUGGAUUCAAGAACCAUCUGUGGAGAGAGGGCUCGUGUGGAACUAGCUCGGGGGGAAUCAAGAAGACGAGGUGGUGGUGGCGGCGGUGGAAGAGGUUUCCGAGGAGGCAACCGUGGUCCCCCAAGGGGAGAUAGCAAGUGCUAUAACUGUGGGGAUCAUGGACAUUUUGCCAGAGAGUGUCCCGAUGGAGGAGGAGGAGGAGGAGGGGGUGGUGGGAGGCGCAGCUUUGGAGGCAGUGGUGGUGGACGGCGAAGGAGCUACUCCAGAUCUCGAUCCCGAUCUCGCUCUCCAUUCCAAAAACGAGGUGGAUACAGUCGUAGCAGAAGUCGAAGUCGUUAAGGGAUGCAGGCGUAGUCGCAAGAUCAACAUGUGCUUUAAAUGUAAUGGAUUAAAAUUAUCAAGUGGAGGAUCAAUCCAGCUCUGCUCUGAUUGGCUGGUUCUUUGGAAGCAUUCUUCAAACGCACCAAUUACCAGCCAUAAUCUUUCUCGUGGAGUAAGUGGUUGAUCCGUAUAUUACAUGAUGUUGCGAAAGUUUGUCUGAUCUUGUUGCCGGUCAUGGCACAAUAUUCUGGUUGUUUACUGCGGUUGCUGUACGACUCUUUGUGCAAGUUGGAGAGGCUCUUCUCUAUGUAUUUUUUAGUCAUUUGUUUGUGUAUCUGCAUUAUUUUUUUAUAAUGUUCCUGUAAGUUAUUGAAUUCAUUGAAUUUGUGCUACCAUCCUAUAAUGGAAGCUUUUGAACCUCAGACAUAGAUUGAUUUUGAUUUCGAAUCAUGUCUUGUUCCCUGCGCUUGGCGAAAUAUUGAAGGAAAUUAAUUUGUACUAUGUCGAUACUCAGUGGCAUCGGUUAUUAACUAUAUACCAUUUAAGGGAAUGUAAGUGAUGUGAGAUUCAUACCAUUUUAGUAUCCUAAUUUCCUCACAAUAACCUUUGGUAUUGGGAAGUCUAUUGAAACUGUAAAUGCAUGAAAUAGGGUGCGAAUGGCAGUGUCUUUAAUUUUCUUUGUUGCUUUUUUUUCUUUUCAUAAUUUUUUGAGUAAAUGGAUAUUUAAGGAUUCAAAAGCUCUGGCAAUGAUAUUGUGUACAAAACACAGCUUUCCAACUGCAUUUGUAUAUUAUCAAGGGGCCUUUAAAUUUAGUCUACUGUAGAAUGUAGAUGCAAAUUUGGACUAUCAUAUUGUGUAUUCAUGCAUCAAUUCACAUCUGCUCCAUUCAGCGCUUUUCAUUUUGACCAGUUUAUCAUUUUACGGGCACAUCUUGUUAAUGCAAUAUUAAGAACUUUUUUUAAACAGAUAGCAUGAAGAUAUACUGUUUUAAAUGAUUGUAUUGGUAUGGGGGGAUGCAAGAAUAUUAAAACAUCAGCAUUCUUGAAAGAAAUUUAUUUAUUGACACAAACUUGCAAUUAGUCAAGUCUUGUAUUUUAAUAUAUUUCCUGGUUUCUGACCACAUGGGUUUUAAAAUUUUUUUUUAUUGUUCAGGGUGUUAAGUGUGUAAAUGUAAUGAUUGUCAGAUGUAAUAACAAAGUACCAUUUAUUGUAAGUUUUUGUCAUAUAAAGACCAAUAAAUAAGAUUAUCACUAUCACA